AUGGCAAAAGCUAAGCUUUUGAGUUUUCUGGAAACAUGGAACCAUUGCUUUGAGUGGUUUGUGCAGGACAAGAAACGAAAGCUCCCAGAGGCCACAAGGCCACGAGCUAACAAACCCAACCGCAAAGCUUCAGAGAAACAAUUACUGGAACUUCCUAACAUAUGUAACUCCACCCUAAAGGAACUACUUCCCAGUAAGUUUACGAAUAGGCAGUUCCCACAACAUGGAAAUAUCAUUUGGUAUAACCAAUCAAGAUCAUCAGCACCAGCUUUAAUCAAAAUUUACAGUAGUUAA